UCUCGUGCACUUGGAAGGAUACUGGUGAACCAAUUGAGUAAACUAAAAUUUGGAAACAGUAUGACUACUCCAGAGGCCGGUAGCGAAUUGUUCCCAAAUUUGGUUGUGCUUCAGAUGACCAGCACUGUGUCUCACGACGUUGAAAUUUCAAACAACGAACACGCCCUAUUCAGAAAUCAUAAGGACAACUUCUUGGAGGAAAAGGAUUUAUUUUCUCCCCAAGACAUGCUGAAUCCACACUUGAAUGAGUAUGAAGGUGAAAGCAUUUUUCCAGACUUGAUUGAACCUCUUCUUCCACCACACAUCAAUUAUGACAAAGUGAAUAAAUAUGCACCCUUCACAAACGAUACUUCCGACUUUUUUAAGACCUUUUACUUUCACCCAUCAUUCAACAACAUUAUGUUGCUUGUGGGGCUCGUUACUUUCACGAUGUGGGUCCUGCUGAUGAACUUGUUGACCAUUAUCGGUCUUUGGAGGACUCAUCGGAGAGGUCACAUGGCAGAUUUGUACUUGGCUAACUUGGCCGUCGGCGACGCUCUACUUGGAAUUCUUGUCCUUCCGCUAAUGUCCAUCGUCAUACUGCUCGGCUACUUUCCCUUCACAAGAUUCGUCUGCGACCUGUGGGUCUUUGUCGACUAUUACCUCAUUGUGGCUGCUAGUUUUGGAUGUUGUGCUCUCAUGUAAGUCAUAUCAAGUCAAAUUAAGUAAGCAUCCUUAUUAAUCCAUAUUAGAAUGUUAUCAGUUAAUUUAAACCGGCUUACUGUAACACCUUGAUAAAUAUACACAUGCAUAGUACAUUCAGCAAAUAGCCUAACAAUAUUAUUCUAUUCGCCAGGUGCAAUUAUUUGUGGAUGAUGAAAUGGCCAGCAAGUUUCCCGAUUACGGCAAAGCAUCACACAUUGGUGAUUUUAUUCUGCUGGGUUGCUGUCAAUCUUUCUUGGACACCAUCGUUUUUCAAUGACCGACUUUACACCUCUUAUCCUGAAGGACACUGUGGCUUCAGCAUCUCAAGGAAUCAAUAUUUUUCAUUCUACAUUGGGAUCAGUGGGUUCUAUGUUCCUCUGGCCGUGUCACUAAUUUGCUUGGUCUGGUCGCUCACUGGUCUCAAAAAGAAGUCAGGCAUCCCCCUGCUUUCUUGGAGGCAAAGUUUUUCCAUCGGGCGGAGGAAGAGGGCUGGCCGACUUGUGAAUGA